CGGAAUCAAAAUUGGACCAUUGAUCUGAAAGUUUCAUUUUCAAACCCAGAGGGAUGAAAUGAAAUCUACGUCAUUCAAUUCAAAAUCACAACCUACACUUCCUCUUUCUAGAAACGUAUUUUCUUUCUCUCCGCCUCAUCCCUCCUUCAAAGCGGCUGAACUUUUUCCGCCUCCCCUCACUAUCUCGUCGUACCUCCGACAAGUGGAGUCCUCUGCAUCACUUGACUUCCAGUUUGUUUUUUAACCAACAACCCAUUUGCUCACACUGGGGAUAUGGCCGACUCCACCGUCACUAACGUCUUGCUCUUCGCGGCCUUCCUCGCUCUUCUCGUGUUGCUGGUCAUCCUGUACAAGAAGUUGAACAGGGAGACGGACGGGAAAUACGCCUUGCGACGCGUCGUCUACGAGGAAGGCGGUCUACGGGAGCGGGCGAGAAGGGCGGCGGCCGCCCUGGGAACCCGUCUCGGGGUCCGACCGGGGCCCCGUCCCAAGCGGGACGGCGUGGAAAUGCGGGACUUUGGGGAGGAGCCCGCGCAAGAGGAGGAACGUAGCGGGAGUCCGUGUAGCGACCUGCCGAGCGACGAGCCGGUCCAGGCGAGAAGCGACGCAAAAGAGGAAUCCGGGGGGCCCGAUGUCUUUGUCGUUUUAAAUCACUUCUCCGGGAGCGUGGUGUGGUCUGAGAGGGAGGCCGCGUGAGAGCCUACUUGUUUGUAUGUUUGCAAAAUUCAAUCGUCAAUAAAUUUCCGGUCCUCAAACAUGA